ACAGGAUGCCAGCUCAAGCGAGCUUCCCGCUGCUACGCCUGAUUCUUCUUUCUCUCCCAGCAUCCUAUUCAUCAUCAGCAGUACUGCUCCGACUGCUGCCGCCAACAGAGACAAACUUGCAUGGCUCUGUCUCUGUAUAGCAGCUGCACCAGAAGCCCAGGACCAGCUGUUCUAGCUCCCCUCAAGACUACAACCUUGGACGAAAAAGCAACCACUCCGCCGCUCGCGUUCUCCUGUUUGUCUCCAGCACUGUAGUGGCCUGUUCCUUUCCAGCGGCUCGGGGAAGAGCAGCGCGCCCUUCUGCUUGCAGCUAAGCCCCGCCUGGGCGGGAGGGGUCCCGAGGAAAGCGCGAAACUUAGCCGGUUGCGUUGGGGAGUUUGAGCUAUGGCCGCUCUCAGCCUGGGGAUGAAGCAACUUCAGGAUGAAGCCACGUGCUCCGUUUGUCUGGACUUCUUUACUGAUCCAGUGACUCUGGAUUGUGGGCACAAUUUCUGCCAAGCCUGCAUUGCCCAGUGCUGGGGGGAGCCCCCCUCAGACUCUACCUGUCCUCAGUGCAGAGAGAGAGUUCAGCCCAGGAACCUGAAGCCAAACAGGCAAUUUGCCAAUAUGGUUGCACUAGCCAAAGAGUUCAGUGUGCAGCAAGUGGGAGGCUGGAGAGUCUGCGGGAGGCACCAGGAGCCCCUGAAGCUCUUCUGCCAGGACGAUGAAGCCCCCCUCUGCGUGGUGUGCCACUUAUCCAAGGAGCACCGAGCUCACACUGUGGUUCCUGCCCAGGAGGCUGCCCAGGAGUACAAGGAUCAGUUCUGCAGCUUUCUGGAUCUUUUCAUGAAGGGAAGAGAGAAGAUUCUGGCAUGUAAAGCUGAUGCAGAAAAGGAAAGCCAAAACUUGCUUAAUCAAAUAGUAGCAGAGAGGCAAAAGGCAGUGGCUCAAUUCAGAGAACUCCAUCAGUUUCUGGAAGAGCAAGAGACACUCCUGUUGACCCGGAUAGAAGACAUGGAGAAGGAGAUUGCAGGAAGAAGGGAUGGACAUAUGAUAACACUCUCUGAGGAGCUCUCCUCUCUUGAUAAAAUUAUUCAGGAGACAGAAGAGAAGUGUGAGCAGACAGCAAGUGAGCUUCUGCAGGAUGUUAGAAGUGCCUUGCAGAGGUGCAAGGAGAAAGAGAGAUCUGAGUAUCUUGUGGCUUUCCCUCUCUCAGUGAAGCAGAGGGUCUGGGACAUGGGUGACAGAAACAUAUUUCUGGAGAAUGCGAUGAAGCAGUUCAAAGACUAUCUAUCUGGAUCUCAGCUGCAGCAAGCUAAUGUCACUCUGGAUCCGGCCACAGCUCAUCACCAACUCAUCCUGGCUAAGGAUCGUAGAAGCGUGAGAUGGGGAGAGAGAAGGCAAUAUCUGCCCAGCAGUCUUGAGAGAUUCAGCUUCUACUGUUUUGUCCUGGGAUGUGAGGGAUUCACAGCAGGCAGACAUUGCUGGGAAGUCACUGUGGGAAGUGGGGGGAACUGGGCUGUGGGGGUUGCCAGGAAGUCUGUGAAGGGAGAGGACAAAUUGUCUUGGGGUCCCAAGGGAGGGAUCUGGGCUGUGAGGCAUUUCUGUGGUUCUUACGAGGCACCCGAUUCCCCUUCUGACAUUUAUCUGUCCCUGACUCAGAAGCCUGAGAGGAUCAAAGUGACUCUAAAGUAUGCUGUGGGGCAGGUGGCCUUUUCUGAUGCUGACUCAGCAGCCCCAAUCUACACCUUCUCAGAAGCCUCCUUCUCAGGAGAGACCCUUUUCCCUUUCUUUUGGCUGGGUGAGGGAGCCUGCCUGACGCUCUCCUGCUGAGGCAGCUGAAGAAUGGAGACCGAUGUAUAUUAAGUUACAGCAAUUGUAACAUUUGUACAGCUUAUGUCCCAGAUAAGAGUGGGGGGAGGGGCAACCUUUUCUCCCAUUUGAGGCGAAACAACUCUAUAAACAACUCAGCUUGAUUUGAAUAGCUGUGAUUGGUUCAUCCCUGUGUCAGUCAGGAAGCCACUUUAUUCUGUAUCCCACCUCAGGACUAUUUUCAAAGUGAAGGAAAAAGCAGGGCGGGGAGCUCUGAGCAUCCUUUUUAUUGGGAAACCAUUCCUGCUGCUUGGAGGUGGGAGAAGCAGAUACUCUGCCACCCUCCCCCACCCUCCCCCUCCCCCUCCCCCUCCAUGUUUCCUUCAGCUUUCACUGCAGAGCCAGGUACAGGCACAGAGGUGGAGCUGAAGGGAGCAGAGAUGGCCCUGCAGGGAAACCUCCCCAAGCUGGCUCCUGUUUCUGAGUACAUCUGUCUCCAGUCUUGCCACAGGCAGCCAGAUCUACCCCACAGGCCUUACCGGGGUGACUCUCCAGACUGCGAGCUCUACAGCAGUUGGGGGUGGUGUAGAAUUCUUCAGUUUGUCAGGAUUGUAUUCAAAAUGUAAAUAAAGGGAGGAAACCAUUAACAUGUUUUCCUAGGCAGGGACCAUUCAUACUGAUUGUAAAAUGUGCUCUCUGUGCCCUCCUCCUGCCCCAUUUUGGGCCAAUGGGGUCGCAGAAGAGGCAGGGGAUGAUGAUGAUGUGAUGAGGCUUUUCAAAAAAUUGUUCUUGCUGGCUUUGUGCAAAGCCACCAGCAGGAGGAGCAGUCUUUUCCAGCUUGCACAAGCUAUUCGUUGCCAUGGCUCACAGUUAGUUUUUAAACUGAUUUUAAAAACUCACUGGUGGAGGCUAAAAAAGGAAAGGAAGAACAGAAAGAAAUUUAAGCAAAAUGGGUUUAAUAUUGACAGAGAAGGGAGCGAAAAGCAAAUAAAAAAGAAAUUGCUUUGAUGCAUUUGUUCAGCUAUGUACAAGAGCAUGGUGGUGGGAGGGGAGGAUUGUUUCAAAAGCUGAGAGGAAACUAAAAUAGUGAAACGUCAAGUUGUUGAACGAAUCCUCCACAUUACUGAAACGGAAAAAUAAAACCUGAAAGACGGCAUUAGAUAUGUGCACUUUGCUGACAGUGCACAGGCAUUGCAGUGUCACAACACAGGUAAUACCGAAGCACACUUAGCAGAUGCGUAGUGAAACUGUUGAAGUGUGUGAUCUGAAAAGCGCCAAGACGAGGCUUAUUAAUAAAACAUCAAGAAGUUAUUUGUCAAUGAAUCCUUUUACAUCUCUGCAGCAACCACCACAGAUGUCCCAUCUGUAGUGGCACUGCAGAAGAUAUGGUGAGGAGGCCUAGUGGUGUGAUCCACUCUUACCCUCUGCACAUGUAGACUUCUAUACACUGCUUAAAUCCAUGCAUUUAAAUGAUUCAUUUUAAGCCUCUACCCUUAAACUUUAAUAAGCCUGGACUCCUGUUUUUUAUGGAAAACUGUGUAUCCAGCUGCAUUCCUGUAUUCAUAUUUUGCGUUUAUAUUAUGUGUUAAUCACCCACCUGGACCAGGGAGGGUGGGAAGAGGCACAGCCUGGGAUUGGAAUAUACUUGGCUGCUGGCCAAGCACAUUGGUCUCACAUAAGGGCGGCCAACAGCCCCUUUCUUGAUGCUGCUUAUGAGAGAUGUAACAGCAUAAGAAAGACACACUCCAUAGUAAUAUGGAGCUUCAGCGUAGACUGAGACCCGGGAAGGUGCUACAUACCAGCUGGUGUUACAGAGACCACGUCCUUUUCAUCAUCACCGGGGCUCCCCAGUGAAAAAGAUUGCACCAGAUUGCUUUCUCUUUUGUUCUGUAAUCCUCCUUAAACAAUUAUUCAGCUUUGUCUAAUAAAAUCUCUUUGGUAUUUA